CUCACACUCAUCCAGUUAAGGCCCUCCCAUGACCGAUGGUAACCUGUGGACAUAUGGAACUAGUUCAUGCUUCUCUGAACUUUGUUGAAGAGCAUAAAAACCCUGCUCACCACCAUUCUGCCUCUAACAUUUCAAAAGCAACUUAAUCGCCUGUCAAACAUCUGUAAAACAUUUGUUCUCUCCAUGAUAAGAAUUCCUCUAACACUGCCUGCACUCGGAGAAAAACAUUCUGAGUCUGGCCAGCACUGAGAGCUGAGAGAAAAUUGUUCUGGAGCUGCAGAAAAACAGUUUCUUGACAGUGGAUUUCAGGUGUUUUUGAUAUAUCAUGGAUGGAAGAGGGCUUUGGAUGAUAUUUUUGCCUCUCUUGUUGGCUCACUGCUCCCUCCAGCAGACCACUUCCAAAAAAAGGAAUGGGAAAAAAGACUCUGCAACUAAUGCUGCUAUCGAGGAGCUGCAGAAACAGGUUAACGACAUUGUUCAGGAGCUGAACUUGUUGAAAGAGCAGCAGGCUUUGCAGACAGUCUGUCUGAAAGGCACAAAGAUCCUCGGAAAGUGUUUUCUGGCUAAUCCAGAGAAAAAGACCUUCCAUGCAGCCAGCGAUGAUUGCAUCGCCAAAGGGGGCAGCCUGAGCACUCCUGUGACGGGGGACGAGAACGACCAGCUCUACAGCUACGUGCGCCAGAGCGUUGGCCCUGAUGAGCACAUCUGGCUGGGCAUCAACGACAUGGUGACGGAUGGCCAAUGGGUGGACCAGUCAGGCUCCAGUGUCCGUUUUAAGAACUGGGAGACUGAGAUCACCCUGCAGCCGGACGGGGGUCGCAGCCAGAACUGCGCCAUCCUCUCCACCACAGCCAAUGGGAAGUGGUUUGAUGAGAGCUGCAGGGCUGAAAAGGCCUCGGUGUGCGAGUUCAACAUCGUCUGAAAGCUUUGCUGUCUCUCUGUUUUUAAAUCUCUGACAUCAUUCGGAGCAGUGUGUAAGGCCAUUUUAAAGCCACCGGGUACCUUCAAGACAAUGUGCUGAUUCCUUACGCUCACAUUUUCUCCUCCAACUCUUUCAGAUGUCAGAGCAGCACAGUUUUCACAGCAUGUCAUAGUAUAAGCUAAACUAUCUGGAGCAAGAGGUUUUAUAUACAUUUCUACUCAACACUCUAAAAUAUUUAACAGCUUUAUAGAUAUUCAUUAAUAUAAACACUGUAUGGCUUGCUUGUAUUGUUUUUCU